AUGAUUGCUAGAAGUUCAUUACGGUUUUCAAGAGUGUUAAUUUCUGGCAGCAGAUCGUAUUCUGUCAAGAAGCAAGCCAAUAAGUUCAACAAACUCAUGGAUAAGAUCGGGGAUGAGAAUACUAAAGAGUCGCAAAAGACCAUUAAGGUGAUCCGAAAGAUUGGAGCUGGUUCAAUCAUUAUUGUCAUAUGCUCUCUCCUUUGGGCUAGUACUCUCUCUGCUCCGGUUAAGGAGACCUAUGAGGAGAUUCCUGUUUUGUCAAAAGACGUUAGAAGUUCGUGA